UUAAUUGAAGAGAAACACAUACAAAGCUAAAACCUAAACUCAAAAACAAAGAUCGAUAUACAUGGCUAUCUUCAACACUCAUAACACAUGGGCCUUUGCCUUUGGCUUGCUUGGAAACCUCAUUUCCUUUGCUGUUUUCCUCUCUCCCGUGCCAACUUUCUAUAGGAUUUGUAAGAAGAAAACCACAGAAGGAUUUCAAUCUCUUCCGUAUGUGGUGGCACUCUUCAGCGCGAUGCUUUGGCUUUACUACGCUACACAGAAGAAAGAUGUAUUCCUUCUCGUCACCAUCAACUCCUUUGGUUGCUUAAUUGAAACCAUCUACAUCGCCAUAUUUGUUGCCUUCGCCACCAAGCAAGCACGAAUGUUCACGGUGAAGCUCUUGUUGCUGAUGAACUUUGGAGGAUUCUGUUUGAUUCUCCUUCUCUGCCAAUACUUAGCAAAAGGAUCCACACGUGCGAAAAUCAUCGGAGGAAUCUGUGUCGGAUUCUCUGUUUGCGUUUUCGCUGCGCCGCUUAGCAUUAUCAGAACGGUUAUAAAGACAAAAAGUGUGGAGUACAUGCCGUUUAGCUUAUCCUUGACACUUACCAUCAGUGCGGUCGUCUGGCUCCUUUAUGGUCUUGCUCUUAAGGAUAUCUACGUUGCUUUCCCUAACGUGAUUGGGUUUGUCCUUGGUGCACUUCAAAUGAUACUUUACGUGGUUUUCAAGUACUGUAAAACGCCGUCGGAUUUGGUGGAGAAAGAACUCGAAGCUGCUAAAUUGCCAGAGGUGAGCAUCGAUAUGUUGAAGCUAGGCACACUAGUGGCAUCUCCUGAACCAGCAGUGAUCACAGUUGUGCGACCAGUGGACACAUGUGUAUGCAACGAUAAGAAAGCUGAAGCUGAAAAUGGAGCAUGAAAAUAUGUUUGGCUAUCUUUUGGCAUUGUUGACUUUGUACUAUUCUAUCUUGAGACGCCUACCCAUCAUCAUGCACGUGUAUUUUUCUAAGUUUAUCAAGUGUGACAAGUCGAGGAUUAAUUCUCUUGGGAUUUACAUUUUCCUAAGUUGAUUUUUUCUCUUCUUCUUUUUUAUUAUUAGUGUAAUGAAAUUAUCUAUGGAUA